AUUGGAGAAAUCACGCGAAUUACCACAAACCGCAGAACAUUCGACAUGCGUAUGAUUUGACACAACCGGAUCUCCUAUAGCCCGCUGGUGGAACCAGCGCGAGAGUCAAGAUGUCGAAGCAGUAUCUUUCUCAACACCAAAUAGAUGAUGCUCACACAUCGGACGUCUUUGCACUCGCUGUGACCUCAACACAGAUCCUCAGCGGCUCCGGUGAACCUUCCAUCAAAGUCCACUCCACCACCGACGAAGACUUUCCCAUUGCCCAAGUACUGAAGGACACCCACAAGCUCGGCUGCCAUCAUAUCGUCACCGAUGGGUCGGGCACCAAAGCCGUAAGUGUAGGCUUUGAUGGCAACGUCAAGGCAUGGAAACACGAGGAGGGAAGAUGGAGCGAAGACGGGGAGAUCACAGACAAGGAUGCGCCAAAGAAGGCCGGACAGGUCUGGGCCGUGUCUAUGUCGGAUGAUGGACAGUACCUUGCUGGUACCACUCAUGACGGACGGGUCAAAGUGUGGGAUUUGAACAAUGGAAAGCAGAAGAUCAGAGAAUUCGAGACGAAAGGCAGCUUUGGGAUGUGUGUUGACAUGUCACCAGAUGGCCGCUUUCUAGCCAGCGGUCACGAAUCCGGCAACAUUUACGUUUUCUCCACGGCAACAUCCCGCCUCCUGCACUCUCUCCCUGGGCUCAUCAAGCCUGUUCGCUCGGUCAAAUUCUCUCCUGGUUCGACACUGCUGGCAGCCGGCGGCGACGCCCGUAUCAUUUCCCUUUACGAUCCGAGUUCUGGUGAGCAAGUUGCAAACCUCAGUGGCCAUGCAGCAUGGAUCACGAGUCUCGACUGGAGCAGUACCGGCCAAUAUCUGCUCAGCGGAAGUCUGGACGGGAAGGUCAAGGUCUGGGACAUCGAGCGAAGGACUUGCGUCGCGACACACAGUGAAAGCGACAAAGGUCUAUGGUGUGUCGAGUGGUUGCCGAGGAGCAGCUCCCAAAUGCACAAGGCUGAAAAAUUUGCAACAUCAGGCAGCAGCAAAGCUAUCGCAAUCUAUCGAGAAGCCACGGGUGGUUGAGCCUGUUCUGAAAAUGGAUCCAAACAUUCCGUACAGACGGUGAUGCUUACAAGGUCAA